AUGUCACCAAUAAGACGUCGCAUUAGGAGAAGCCAGCUGGAUAUAGAUGCACCUUUUUUAUUUUUUCAGAACUCUUUAACAUUAGGAUCAUGCACUGAUAGUUCAAUUCCAACUCAGCUCUUAUUUCCAGAUUCAACUAUUGCAUUGGGAUUUCAUCCUUCAGCAGAUUCUAUUUGCCCUGGUUUAAUAGAUUCAGAUAUAGAUUCAUCCGGAGGGGGUCAUCUUGAGAAACCAACAGUUAUUAUUUCUAGUGAAUCUAGCGAAUUGGAAAUUAUUCGCCGUGAUUUUUUACUUUGGGGAUCUCUUUAUAGUAUAUCUUUGGUUAUUGCAUUGGUAUCUAUUAUUCUACUAAUUGUAAAUCCAAACUUAAGCCCUUUAUACAAUACACUUAUCCAUAAUGCUAUUCAGGCUAAAGGAGUUUUUUAUAUAUCUUGUUUUUUGCUUUCAAUAUGUCCUUUAUUGGCUGUUAUAUAUCGUAUUCCACUUCUAAUGAUGCUUUACAAGGCUGCAUUUCCGAGUUCCUUAUUGAUAUUAUGUAUUUUUUUCUUGAAUCACUAUAUAGACCUUAUGUUUUUAAUUCCAUUGAUGCUUGCAAGGAUUUCAAUUGCUAAGAUCCAAUAUGAUAUGGUAAGUUGA